UCUUCACAUCGAUCAUUUUACUUUUUCUUCUCCUUUCUCAAGGGAAUUCUUCGCUAAAGCGAAAUCUUUUCAUCGCUUAAACAAUCUUCUUGAUUAACCCAUCUGCUUCUCGGUGGGAUUCACGGGGUUCUUCAAGAAAAAAGAGAAGGGUUCGAAUGGUUAAUAAAGAAAAGGGAUCAAAAUGUUGAGUACCAGCUGUUCUGAUCAUCACAAGAAUCAUUACAAUUCUACGUCAAGGGGGUUCUCGACGCCGCCUCCGGCAUGGAGGACAAGCUGGUGUUCGCCGCCGUUGCCCGUGUCAGAGAAGAAGCCGAGGAGGUCGCCUCCGGCGAAAGGUGAUCUCUUCCAUGUGAUUCACAAGGUCCCUUCUGGGGACUCGCCCUAUGUCAAAGCGAAGCAUGUUCAGUUGAUAGAGAAGGAUCCAAGCAAGGCCAUUUCCCUGUUUUGGGCAGCAAUAAAUUCCGGUGAUCGAGUUGAUAGUGCCCUUAAAGACAUGGCAGUUGUUAUGAAGCAAUUGGACCGGUCUGAUGAGGCAAUUGAGGCCAUAAAGUCAUUCCGUCAUCUUUGCCCCCCCGAGUCUCAGGAAUCUCUUGACAAUAUACUCGUUGAACUCUAUAAGCGAUCUGGAAGGAUUGAGGAAGAGAUUGAAAUCCUUAAACAAAAACUGAAGCAGUUGGAAGAAGGGAUUGCUUUUGGUGGGAAGAGGACAAAGUUAGCUAGAUCUCAAGGGAAGAAGAUUCAAAUUACCAUUGAAAAAGAAUAUUCAAGAUUGUUAGGGAAUUUGGCCUGGGCAUACAUGCAGCAGGGAGAUUUCAAAUCCGCUGAAGAGAAUUAUAGAAAAGGACUCUCUUUUGAAUCAGAUAAGAAUAAGCAGUGCAAUUUGGCUGUAUGCUUGAUGCACAUGAACAAGCUGACAGAAGCCAAAUUUCUGCUUCAAACUGUAAGAGUUUCAUCUGAAAAUGAGCAUUUGGAUGAAUCGUAUGCCAAAUCCUUAGAGCGUGCCACUGAAAUGCUCUCUGAGUUGGAGUCUCAGCAUGUUCUUAAGCCUAAGGAACGUGGAAAAGAUUUUGAUUAUAGAAGAAAACAUCAUCAGUUUGUUAUGGGACAAGGGGACACAGAUUCUGCACGUAAAAUGGCACACUACUCACCAUUUGGCGCUGGAAGAAUUCCUAAAGUUCCAUUCACGCAGCCAAGAUGUUCAUGGUCAUUCAAUGGUGGAGAUCAGAGAAGAGGAUGGUCGGUAGAGGAUGCAGAUUCUGCACGCAAAAUGGUCGGUGGAGAUCAAAGAAGAGGAUGGUCGGUUGGGGAUGAAGAAGGAGGUCUUUGUCGAAAAUUGUCCUUUGAGCAAUCUACUAACGGCGAAAAUAAGCAGUUUAUAGCAAACCAGAAUCUUGAAUCCAAUAUUCCAGAAGCAAUACCCCAAAUUUUAGGAAACCAUUCUGCAUCUGUCGAUGGAGACUGGAUAAAGAGGCCACCGAGUAAUCUUUCUAGAGUUGACAGUGAAGAAGAAUGGAAAAUUGUCGACUUUCUGGCAUAUGAUGGCCAGGAAAAAUCUUCUAUGGAGGAAUACAAUUUGCCCUUGGAAUUAGACUUUUCUGGUGAUUGUACAAACUCUAGAGAAACUUUUGAAGGAGAUCAUGGUCUGAGUUCCAAUUUUACGAAUGCAUGUAGUUUGGAAUCUAAAGCAGCUAAAGAUGAUUCAGAAAACCUAAAAUCAGCUGAACAACUGCAGAAAGAUUGGAAAAUAACGGAUGAAUUUUUAAAUUGUGAAAGUAAAAAUAAGAGUUGGGCUGAUAUGGUUGAAGAGGAUGAGGAAGACCUGCAAAUUUGGAGUAGUAGUUUCCCGGGAAAAGAUUGGGAGACUGAUAAAGAGUUUAGCAAUGAGAAUGUGGACACCAAUAUAAUUCUGGAGAGUCCUACAUUACUGAAUCAGUAUGAGGAUUUAAGCCAAAAGACUGACACACUAGAUAUGAAAUCUGGAUACCAUACUCAACCUGAGAAUGCUACUUCAUUAAAGAACCAAUCCGUGAAGCGUUCUUUGUGUUUUUAUCAGCAUCAGAAGCAAGGCAGAGCUGAAAAUCCUACUAAUCGUGCAAAUUUAAUGCGGAAAAAAAGAUUACAGGUUUUUCAGGAUAUAACGCCCGAUCCUGGAAGUCCAAGAUGCUGAUGGCAUGCACUAUUUUUGUUUGAAAGAUUUGUUAUUGAUACAUUACAGCUUGAUUUUUUGCAUUCAUUUUUCUAGUCAAUCUUGGAACCCUGGAACCCGGUGCUGUAAAUCUUUUCUAGAACCGUAUACAAGUUUCAUUUUGGUUUGUGAUUUAGCUUUUGUAAUAACCAUGAUUGAUCGUUUUUCUUGA